UAAAUACAGGAGGAACGUUUGGUCCCUGGCUCAGCUGGGGAUGUAUUUGAGUGUAACACAGGAGGAGGAAGCAGCUGGAGGAGGCACAGAGCAGCGAACGUGCACAGAGUAAUAACUGGUUCCACCUGUGACCAGAUCCACGUGUCCUGAAUCCUGUGUGUGGGACCGAUCACAGCUGGUCUCUCCCGCCUUUACGUGUCCAUGAAUAGUGGCUGCGGAAUUUAGGAUUAUGGACGACAAGAGACGGAGGGCACGCGUGCAGGGAGCGUGGGCGGGGCCUCCGAAAAACGCCUCCCGUCCUGUGUCCCGGCCUUCGCCUGCAACCGUUAUACCCCACCUGGGGGCAAAUGAGCAGAUUGUUCCAGACAAGAUAUUUGAAUAUAAAGAGUCGUCAGAGGUUCAUCGCAGAGUCCCGGACCCCCGCCUCAUUGAGAAGGCCGGAACUUAUGAAAUCAGUACAUCACCUUCUGGGGUCUCCAGGCUCAGACUGUUCCCCAUGUUCAUUGACCCCAGUGAAGUAGGUUGGAUGUUUGAGCAGUUGCACAGGGAGCUCCCAUGGAAGCAGAAAACAAAUAUUGGACCAGAUGGACCUUACCAUGAACCGCGGCUCACCUGUUGGUACGGAGAGGUCCCCUAUACUUACUCUCGUUCUACAAUGCAGCCCAAUCCUCACUGGCAUCCCCUGCUCGUCAUGCUGAAGGACCGCAUUGAGGAGGUGACCGGAUACAGCUUCAAUUCUCUGCUCUGCAACCUGUACAGACACGACAAGGACAGCAUAGACUGGCACAGCGACGACGAGCCCGACCUGGGCAGUAAUCCCGUCAUCGCGUCAUUAAGCCUCGGAGAGACUCGUGUUUUCCAGAUGAGGAGGAAGCCUCCGCCUGAAGAGUGUGGAGAUUACACGUAUGUGGAACGUGUACAUAUACCACUGGAUCAUGGGACCCUUCUACUUAUGGAGGGAGCGACACAAGAAGACUGGCAGCACCGUGUGCCAAAGGAAUAUCACGACCGCCAGCCGCGGAUCAACCUAACCUUCCGCACCAUGUUCCGGGAUAUGCGAACACACGGGACUGUGACUGCUGGACAGUCUUCUGUGGACUCCCCCUAAGAACUGAGCGGUUUCUUCUCCUCCUCGUCAUUCUCUACAAUAAACCAGGACAGCCAAUCGUUGGUCUGCGUGCAGCUCAUAGUAGCCUAUAACUUCAUUUCUUUUUUUUUCUUUUUUAAAUAAGUCUGAUUUUGUUACUAUAUAAAGCAAAUGUCUUAACCUC